AUGUCCUGCCAGCAGAACCAGCAGCAGUGCCAGCCUCCGCCCACGUGCCCCUCACCCAAAUGCCCCCCAAAGAGCUCAGCACAGUGUCUGCCUCCAGCAUCCUCCUGCUGUGCUCCAAGCCCUGGGGGUUGCAGUGGCCCCAGCUCUGAGGGCAGCUGCUGCCUGAGCCACCACAGGCACGGCAGGUCCCACCGAUGCGGGCGCCAGAGCUCCAACUCCUGUGACAGGGGCAGUGGUAGACAAGAUGGUGCCUCCAGCUGUGGCUAUGGCUCUGGAGGCUGCUGCUGA